UGGAAAAGGUCCCUGCAACAAAAUGAAUAGAAUGUUAAACAAAUAUCGCGGUACACUAGUUGGUGCCUUGGUCGGCGAUUGCCUUGGAUCUCACUACGAAGGCACUCCUUUCAUUCUUCCCUGGGGCGAAGUCACCGAUUACACGUUAACCAAAAUCAAAGACAACAAAGAGCCCAUCAAUUACACAGACGACUCGGCGAUGACUCGAGCAAUCUGCAAGUCUUUAACGGAGCAGACGAAAUACGACAAUCGAAGCAUGGCCCAGGAGUUUGUGGAGGAGUUCUUUCGGGAACCUGGCCGCGGUUACGGCGCAGCUGUCGGGACGGUGUUCGAGCGGUUGCGGGAUGAGAAUCCCGACGACGUGACACUUCCAGCCCGGAGUCAGUUUGAUGGGCAAGGUUCCUAUGGUAACGGUGCAGCUAUGAGAAUCUCACCUGUGGCACUUUUCAGUCAAACUUCUGCAGAAGUGCAAAAGAAUGCCAGAGAGAAUGCUUUGAUAACACAUGCUCACAUCAAUGGUGUUAAUGGUGCUAUCUUACAAGCAUUGGCAGUAUUUAAAGCACUGUCUCUGGAACCUCCAAACGUGAACACAAACAAAUUUAUUGAUGAGAUUUUGGAGGUGGCAGAAGAACUUGAGAAAGAGAAAGAAGCACCCAUUGAGAAAAAAGAAAACAGUGGUCACAGCACAACCCAUUCACAUUCUGUAUAUGUUGGGAAGUUCAAAGAGAUGAAGGAGCUACUUUGUAAAGGUGACAACUUGGAAACUAAGACUGUUGUAGAAACAUUUGGCAAUGGAAUAAGAGCUGAGGAAGCAGUGCCUGCUGCCAUCUUUUCAUUCCUUCACAAAGGCAGAGUGUCAUUUGACAUGUCCAUAAACUAUGCCAUCUCCUUAGGGGGGGACACAGACACAAUCGCUAGCAUGGCAGGUGCGAUAAGUGGAGCUUACUGGGGAUUGGACAAGAUUCCUGACUUGUGGAAGAACAAAUGCGAAGGCGUGGAAGAAGCUAUAGAGUUUGCAAACAAAAUCUUUGAACUCCAUGAACAAAGAAGGGAAACUGGCAACAAUAAAAGGGCGAAGUUAGACGAAGAUUAAGGCAGCUGUUGGCCCUCAAAUUACAGAACUUGAAUGAUCGUCCUCCAUGUUCUCUAUGUAUCAUCAAUGCAUUGUCAAGAAGAGUGAUGUUAGGAAUAUAGUUACUUACUUUACGUUGCCUUAUUCCCCACAGUACUUUAGGAUGUCGUCUUUAAGAGUACAACGAAGUUCUCCUAACGUUAAAAGAAGUGUAUGGCAAUCGGUAUGGAGAACUGAUAUUUAACCCAUUGGACUGAGAUUGUAGGGUUAAUGCACUACAUGUUACCGUAUGUAACGUCUACAUGAAAUUCAGUCAUAGAUCCAGACUAGUGGUACCAGUUAACAGGCAAAACAUGCGUUAUGCCCAGUGCACCUCAGUGUAUUACGAAAAGACAAUUAAUUUGUAAAUGAUCUUACAGAAAGGUUUUGAAAGCGACUGCCGUGCUUCAGCCCAGAUUUGGAAAUAUUGUCAAUGCACGGUAUUGGCAUGGGAGGAGAGAGCAAAAGGUAGCAAAUAGCUUGAGGUACCCCUCCCUUGCUUCCAGGUACGAGGUGUUUGGAGAGAAAAGAGGGAGUGCCGUUAGCGCUGGCAUCAUAAAUAUUUACGGCCGCGGUAGUUCUUAUAAUGAAUUUGAGUUGUACUAUUUCUGCUAGGAUAUAGAUACAGUGGAACACCGUUAAUACACGGCCGCCAAUGGUUCAUGAAAUUACGGUCCGUUGAAUUAAAGGAAACAAACAAAAAAUAUUGACUACGCGUUUUCUUCAGGUUACAAAAAGAUGCUGUAUUAACGAGGUGGCUGUGUUAAAGGGCUAGUUGUAAGGCGAGGUUUCACUAUUACACAUAAAAGGAUGAGAGUUUUUGAGAGAGUGUUAAACGCAUCCAUUGCCACCGAAAAAAAAGAAUGGUAAAGUUCUGUUGCAUUUUUCUCGAUGCAGAUCAUUGCUUUGUAGUAUAGGAAUUGUAUUUUCACGAGGCCUGCAGAUCUAGCUGGUAUGAGAUCAGAAGUAGCCAUAGUCGCAUGCAGGCUAUGAGAGCUCGAGAUUGUCAAACUGUGAUUCCAAUGUAUGUAAUGAAUUAUUCAGAGCGACCCAUUUCUGUCUUUGAGAUCCUAAUGCAGCGUUGCGAUUGCUUCUUAUAACACUUGUAACGCUACUGACAAGGGAUUUAGUUGUUACUGCUAGAACACAAAAAGAUUUAGACCUGGUACUGGCCAGCAGUAUUUCCUCUGUUAUCAGCGAACUACCCGGGUUACUCAGUUGCUUGCGGCUGUUAGUGACUGAAUAGCAGCUGAGCUAGUUUUUACGCGAUCAUUUUGAAGGUAGAUCACACGCGGCCUACCUUACGGAGGAUAGAGAGUUUUAGCAAUGACCACGGCGACGCCGAGGACGACGCCUUGUACAAAAGC